AUGGCCAGCGGAAUCCCCGUUCACCUUCCGUGGCCCUAUCACCAUGGCCGCACCCACCGAACUGGAGGAUGGUUGACAGAAAACCCCGACACGGUCGUCAGCUUCGUUCGAAAGGUCGCUCUCGAAGAGGCCAAAGCGAAGCUCCCCCUCCACCCCAUCAUCCAAAAGUUCCAAGAAGCCGUCGACGGUUGCCCAGAUCUCCGCAUGUUUGCGUCCGCAAUGCUCACCGAAGUGCCCGACAAGCCCCCAUACAUUAACGACCCAACUGGCACCAAACAGGUUCGGGACUUUGACCACCUUCUCCAUCUAUUCAACUACACGAUGCAGAAGGUCGCACCGCAGUGGAAUAUCAACGAGUACAACGUGGGCCUUAUUGGUACUCCUUUCAACGCAGUGCUGGACUGGCCCAUGGCUACCCCGAGCGGAUACGCGUUCUUCCUACGCAAGGAAGUCAACUUCCAUAUGAAGAGGAUUCUAGAUUACUGGAGAGAUUGUUUCCUGUCUACAUCCGCUUCCACAAAUGUCCUAACCGAGGAACCAAACGGGUGGCUGUCGGAGGAAGCCCGCAAAGUAAUCGAAGACGAGACCAAUCUCGAUCCAAACCACCGAUACAGCUUCGAGGAAUUGUUCGGACACAGCAGGGCGGACGGCAAGCACUGGGGCUUCAAGUCCUGGGACGACUUCUUCACCCGCAAAUUCGCCGAUUACGACAAGCUUCGGCCUGUCUAUGCCACCGACGACGACUCCUGGGUAGUCAGCGCCUGUGAAUCGAAGCCCUUCGCACUCCAAACCCACGUGAAAGCCUACGAUGCCUUCUGGUUGAAGGGUCAGCCCUACUCCGUGUACGAGAUGCUAGAAAAGGAAGAGGAGGCCGAGCAAUUCGUCGACGGAACCGUCUAUCAAGCCUUCUUGAGCGCCACAUCGUACCACCGUUGGCAUUCGCCCGUCAACGGGAUCAUCAAGAAAGUGAAGCUGAUCCACGGGACCAUGUUCUCCGAACCAACCAUUACCGGGUUCAUGAACCCCGAAGGCCCCGACCCGGCUGCCCCAGACAGGGCGCAGGGCUAUAUUACGCAUGUCGCGACGCGAGCCCUCAUCUUCAUUGAAGCGCCGGAGCCGGUCGGGCUCAUUUGCGUCGUCACGGUGGGUAUGGCGGAUGUCUCAACCUGUGAUGUUACCGUUACGCAGGGUGAUACCGUGUCCAAGGGCCAGGAGAUCGGCAUGUUCCAUCAUGGCGGAUCAACACACUGUCUGCUGUUUCGGAAGGGCGUCAAUCUCACCUGGGUGACGGAUGCGUUUCCCGGUGUGAGUAGUAAGAAUCUGCCCGUGCGGGGUGCUCUGGUGCAUGUCUCGACUGCAGACACGCAAGUGGGAGAUGGUUUACAUGGAUUUCCGGAGCGUCGUCAUGGCUAUGGCGAUCGGUAUGGCCGAGGAUACAGGGGCAAUUAUGGACAUGGCGGUUACAUUAAGGGUGGUUAUCUUGGGUACCACUAG